UAGUUAAUUCUGAAAAAAAAUGAUGAUCAGAGAAAGAACCGGCAAGUUUUGGGAGAAGAGGUAGAGCUGCAGUUGUAGUUCUCGGCGAUUUUGGACGUAGUCCUAGAAUGCAAUAUCAUGCUCUCUCACUUGCUCGCCAGGCCAAUUUAGAAGUGGAUAUUGUUGCUUAUGGAGGCUCUAAACCACAUGCGACUAUCCUCGAGCAAAGGUCUAUUCACAUUCAUGAAAUGGCUCAAUGGCCGAUUAUCCCACGCAGUUUACCCAGGAUACUUCGACCCUUGAUGCUUUUGCUCAAGGCAGUAACUCAAUUUCUCAUGUUGCUGCAAUUUCUUUGUUUUAAAAUACCUGCGCCAGAUGUUUUUAUAGUGCAGAAUCCCCCUUCUGUCCCAACAUUGGUGGCUGUCAAAUGGGCAAGCUGGCUGAGAGGUAGUGCAUUCAUUGUCGAUUGGCAUAAUUUUGGAUAUACCUUGCUUGCACUAUCUCUAGGACGAAGCAGUCCUCUUGUGGCAUUAUAUCACUGGAUUGAAAAGCACUACGGAAGAAUGUCAGAUGGUUCUUUAUGUGUAACCAAGGCAAUGCAACAUGAGUUGGAGCAAAACUGGGGAAUUAAAGCUACAGUUUUAUAUGAUCAGCCUCCAGAGUUUUUUCAUCUUGCAUCCCUUGAAGAGAGACACCAGUUAUUUUGUAGGAUACACAAUGACCUCACUCAACCGCGUGGUCUUCAAGAUUGUGUCUCCUAUGGGAUAGAUACAGGGAGAGUGGAUUUCUCUGAAACAUUAUUUACAGCAGGGGAGGGCUCUGAUAUCUUCCUAAAGGAACACAGGCCAGCACUUAUUGUAAGCAGCACAAGCUGGACUCCUGAUGAAGAUUUUGACAUUCUCUUGGAAGCUGCAGUUAUGUAUGAUAGACGAGUGGCUGCAUUGUUAAAUGAAGAUGAUUCAACCAGUGAAGAGAUUCUGUGGAAGGAUAUUUGCGAUGGGAAGCAAUUUCCCUAUCCACGCCUUCUUUUUGUGAUUACAGGUAAGGGGCCAGAUAAGGAAAAAUAUGAAGAGAAGAUAAAGACAUUGAAAUUAAAGCGUGUCUCGUUCCGUACAAUGUGGCUGUCAGCUGAGGAUUAUCCACUUCUACUUGGAUCAGCAGAUUUAGGUGUUUGUCUGCAUACUUCAUCAUCUGGGCUGGAUCUUCCAAUGAAGGUUGUGGAUAUGUUCGGCUCUGGCCUCCCUGUCUGUGCAGUGUCAUACUCUUGCAUUGAAGAACUCGUAAAAGUUGGUCAAAAUGGACUUCUUUUCUCCUCUUCUUCAGAAUUGGCUGAUCAAUUCCUGAUGCUUUUUAAGGGUUUCCCAGACGAUUGCCCAACUUUGAAAUCUUUGAAAAAUGGAGCGCUCAAAACAGCUUCAUCCGAUAGAUGGGCGACAACAUGGGAAGCAAAUGCCAUGCCACUCAUAUCCGAGGUCACUGGGCGAAAUUCGUAACUCUGCAGAAGAAAUGCAAGGUGAAUUAACAAAAUAAAAUUACUAUGUAAGGGAACUAACAAAAAAAAUAUGUGCUUUUUCUUGGGGUGUCAAAAUGAAUUUAAUUGUUCCAUUUUGUAGCAUAUACAACAAGUGAUUGUGUGUU